CUCCGAUGCCCGCUAUUUGCGGGGUUAUACUAGGCCGCAUACUGUUUGAAGCCUCAGAGUAGAGCUGCCAGGGUCGGGUCUCCCCACAUUAUAUGGGAGAUCGCUCGGAAGGUAAAAGUGCGUAUUAGCCGAUGUCAUCCACCAAUCACUAUUGCUGUCUCAUUGGCUGCACAUUGAAUUGGAGACAAAUAGGGAACCCACUCACAGGGAUCCCCCACAUCGUACCCCUGUCCCUGAAGUUCUCAUAUGGAGGCAAGGCACGAAAGGGAAACCGGGUACCCGAGGAAUGAAAAACCCCAUCAAUCAACAUCGGGAGCGGGGGAUGAGGCAUCAUAGGGUCGCUAUAAGGUCCUGGGCGACCUUUUAUCGUAUAUUAACGGUCAUGGGCGAGGCGGAAGACGGAGCAUUGAAAUAAGGUACCUCAUCCUCUCUUGCAGCAAGACGGUUUCUCUGCGCCUCGUCAAGAUGCGUCUCCUCUCGUCAUUCCUGUGCGUUGCCGCACUGCCAUCCCUUCUCUUUGCUUUAAAUGCGCCAUUCCAUGCCUCGAGCAGUUGGAUCAUCGACUCCACGGGCGCCAAUUUCACCUAUGCCGGGGUGAACUGGCCCGGCGCAGGCGAGGUGAUGAUUCCGGAAGGGCUGCAGUACCAAUCUAUCGCAUCGAUUGUGUCGAAGAUCAAGAGCAUAAACAUGAACGUCGUGCGAUUGACGUUUGCGAUCGAGAUGAUUGAUGAUAUCAAGGAUAAUGGCGGGGAUGUGUCGAUCCAAAAGGCGUUUACGAAGGCGCUCGGUAGCACGAAUGGGGAGAAGGUGUUCCAGCAGGUUAUUAAGAACAAUCCGCAAUUUAGUACUUCGACGACGAGGCUCCAGGUUUUCGAUGCUAUCGCGGCCGAGCUCGGGAAGCAAGGCAUCUACGUCCAUUUGGACAACCACAUGUCCAAAGGCGCGUGGUGCUGCUCGACCAACGACGGGAAUGCAUGGUUCGGGGAUACUUACUUCAACGUUGAUAAGUGGAAGCGCGGCCUGCAGUUCAUGGCCGACCACGGCAAAGCAUGGUCGAACCUCGUCUCCAUCGGUCUGCGCAAUGAAUUCCGCAAGCCCGACAACACUGGCUCCUCGCUCGCUUACGACUGGGCUACCUGGUAUGCGCAGGUUAUGCCCGCCGCCGAGAUUGUCAACAAAGCGAACCCGAACAUUCUUAUCUUCCUCUCCGGCCUUGACUUCGACACAAAGCUAACCCCCAUUCCCACGGCCGACGAUUUGGGCAAUGGCAAGAAAUUCCGGCUCACGGACUACACAUACGCGAACAAGCUCGUCCUUGAGCUGCACAACUACCAGACCUCCGCGACCAACUGCGGCGACAUCGAGGGCGGGCUGUGGAACAACGGUUUUCGAGCCACGGGCCAGACGCCUGUAAACAAAAUGCCGGUUGUGCUGACGGAGUUUGGGUUUACGCAGGCGGAUAAUUCGUACACGAAGACGUAUGCGACGUGCCUGAAGAAGCUGAUGCCGCAGUGGAAGACGGGCUGGACAGUCUGGGUCAUCUCCGGGAGCUAUUAUAUCCGAUCGGGCACUCAGGACUAUGAGGAGAGCUGGGGAUUGCUGAACCAUCAGUGGUCGGAUUGGAGGAAUGCCAAUGCGAUCACUGCCCUGAAGGGUAUGGUUGACGCGACGUUGGCGGCGACGGCAAGCUAGGCUCUUGAGUGUCGGGAGCCUAGUAGGGAAAUAGCAGAGAAAAUACGAGCAUCCAUGGCCGACACAGUGGGAAGAGCCGACGUGUCCUAUGUGUC